CAUCCUCGAUUAUAUAAGUAGAGUUUAAGCAUCAUUUUUUAAGCCAGUAGUAUAGAUUUCCCAGUCCCUGAUAUUUUGGUGACUAAACUUUUCUCACACACAUAUACUCACUCGAUCAAUCACAGAGAAGUAAGAAAGAGAGAGAUAAAGAUCGAAAUUGGAUAAGAUGCCUUGCCUUUAUAUCUCUACCAACGUCAACCUUGACGAUGUUGAUAAGGAUCCUAUCUUCUCCGAGGCAACAAAAGCUGUUGCUACCAUCAUCGGCAGACCUGAACACCUUGUGAUGGUCAUACUGAAAGGACUGGUGGCCAUAUCAUUCAAUGGGAACAAAGAACCAGCUGCAUAUGCAGAGAUUGUGUCAAUGGGUGGCAUUACCAAACAAGUUAAGAGGAAUCUAAUAGCUACUCUUGGCACAAUUCUUGAGGCCAAGUUAUCUAUCCCCAGGGCACGAUUCUUCCUUAAAGUUUAUGAUACAACAGCUGCUGGUAACAGCUCCAAGUUGUAGCUUCUGAUAGGAUGAUCAGUGAGUUUCAUCCUAACCAUAAUGAUGUUUUCAUUUUAUGCCUGCUUAUUUUCAAAUUGUCAGAGGACAUCCUGUCAGGGAAACUAAAAAGAGCAAGAAAAGGUUAUUAACAUGUUCAAGAAGGCCUACAUGAACAUGAUUUACAUACGCAUGACUAUCUUAUUUCCACUUAAUUGAAGCAAAUAAAAAAUGGAAUGGGAUUCAGGGUU